AUAAAGGCAGCACCUCCGUCACUUAUCGCUGGUAGGAAAAGAUGGCGGCGUCUGUUUUGGUCCGAAGGUUAGCAGCUCUGUCAGGGGCUUCUGCGGUGGGAGCAGGGGCGUAUGGAGCCCAUGGUUUCAAAAACCGAGACCCCGAUGACUACCGAAUAACGCUGUAUGAAACUGCCAAUAAAUACCAUUUCUACCACAGCCUGGCCCUGCUUGGUGCUGCACACUGUGGAAAACCUCUUGUGGCUGGCACUAUCCUCCUGGCAGGGAUGGGGAUGUUCUGCGGCCCCCUGUACCACCAGGCUCUGACCGGAGACCCCAGCAUGGGCAAAGUGGCUCCCAUGGGUGGUGUAGCCAUGAUUGCUGGCUGGUUGGCCAUGAUUCUCUGAAGUCUGACAGCUCACAUCUUCUCCAGAGGCCCGCCGUGCCCCAGCAAACUGUCAGAGCUCGAAUGGAUGAAGUGGAGAGUUUUAGGAGUUUGCUGAA